AUGAGUGCUUUAAAAGCUUUAUUGGUUGUUUCUUUGAUUGCUACAUCUUUAGUGUUCUUAGGUUCCUUUUAGAAUAACUUGAAGGAAUCUAAAAAAAUUGCUUUAAAUCAUUAAGAUGGAUCUUCUAAUCUUCUUGUUCAAGAGGCUUAUUACGCUGAUGACUUUCCUUUAUAUGGAGGAUGCUUUGCUACUUUUAACUCAACUGACCCUUAUAUCUACAUUCCAUCCAUAAUCUAUGAUUUCUUCCUCAAUAGACUAAAUGUUGAUGGAGUCGACUAUACAGCUUCACCUAAACACGACUAUUAACUUAGAGUUGAAAAACUUAAGAAGCUUAAAGAUAUUAAAAUCAGCUUAUUGACAGAAGAUAAUGACGUUUACACAAUCACCAUCAAGCCUUCUUAAUACUCUAGAUACAUUAAGGAAGAAAAAGUAUAUGAAAUAUUGAUUGUUCCAUCAGAAUAUACACAUACAUACUCUAUUAGCACCAAAGCCCUCUCUAAUUAUAACAUUUAAUUUGACCCCGAGACCGAUACAACUUAUAUUUAAGAAAAGAACAAAAAUUGA